AUGUUCACUUCACAAGAAUGGACUUCCAGUAAAUGGGCGAAAGAGAUACAAGGGAAAAAUGUAGCACAUAUUGUGUUGAUGCUUUCAUUUUGGACAAACAUUGUGUACUCUCUCAAAGUAGCAAGCCCUCUUAUUCGUGUACUUAAGUUGGUUGAUGGUGAGAAAAGGCCUCCAAUGGGAUAUAUUUAUGAGGCUAUGGAAAGGGCUAAAGAAGCGAUAGCUAAAGCUUUUGGUGGGAAUGAGGAGAAGUAUAAGGACAUCUUUGAGAUCAUUGAUAGAAGUAAUCCAAAUAUUGAGCAAGAUGAAGAGGUGAUGGGUGGUUUAUAUCAAUGCAUAGAAAGAUUGGUUCCAACCACUGAAGUGCAAGAUAAAAUUUCUUUGGAGUUGAGUAGAUACAUGAAAGCUGAUGGUCUAUUUGGCUCAUUAAUUGCUGUUGACAAAGAAAGUCAAGGGCACCAGCUUCAUAGCAAGAAGAGGAACCGACUAACUCAAUGUCGAUUGAAUGAUUUGGUUUUCAUCAAGUAUAAUAGAGCACUAAAACGACGAUAUGAUAUGCGUGAUAGGAUCGAUCCCAUCCUUUUAAAUGAUAUAGAUGAUAGCAAUGAGUGGUUGGUUGGAAUAAUGGAUGAAGAUGUAGAUGCCGAAAAUGAGUUGGUGUUUGAAGAUGACUGUUGGACAUGGGGUGCAGUUGCUAGAGCUACCGGGGCUGGAUUGUCCAGCCAUAAUUUAAUAUCAAGAUCAGCUCCAAGGGCAACAAAGAGGACAACACCUUCAUGCUUGUCUUCACUACGAAUUAUAGAUGAUGGCGAGGCAAACUCUGAGGACACAGAAGAGGAAGAAGAUGCUGAGGGUUACAAAUCUUUUGAUGGGGACGAUGAUGAGACUAUGUUGUUUGGUGAAGAGGAUGAUAUUUAG